CGACGAUGGCAGGAAUGGACGUUCUCGUGGCGUUGGCAGGAGUCCUGCUCGCCUUGAUAAGUCAGAAGCCCCUCCAUCGCAUUGAAGAAGGGUCGGUUGGUGUCUACUGGAGAGGGGGUCGACUGCUCAACAUGACGUCGGCACCAGGGUACCAUCUGCAGUGGCCGAUCCUGACCAAGCACGCCAACGUCCAAGUUUCCUUCAAGACGUCGGUCGUACUAGACGUGCCGUGUGGCACUGCUAGUGGGGUCCUCGUUCGCUUUCAACAAGUCGAAAUCGUCCAUCGGCUGCGCCCCCACCUCGUCCUCGACACGAUGCGAAACUACAGCCUGCGCUUCGAGAAGCUCUGGAUCGAAGACGUGACGUACCACGAAAUCAACGUCCUUUGCUCGAAAUACACCCUCCACCAAGUGUACAUUUCCCACUUCGAUCAGCUGGACGAACUCUUGCAAGCCCGUAUGUCCGCCUUGCUGGCUCAGUGGGCGCCUGGGCUCGAAAUCAUGUCCAUUCGCUUCACCAAACCAGACCUUCCGGCGGCAAUUCGGGAAAGCUACGAACUCGUAGAUGAAGAAAAGAUCAAGCUUCUGAUGGCAACCCAAGCCCAACGCAACGUCGUCAAGCGCGCCGAAACCGACCUCCGCACCGCCGUCCUCGCCAGCGAAACGGCCUCCUCACUCAGUAUCAUUCACAUGCAAAAGCUAUACGAACAAACACUGGCCACGCAAAAUAUCUCGCGCAUUCAAACGGCAUUCUGUUGUUGGAGUAGAUGCCAUGUCAUUGAGCCGCGCCAAGGACAUAGCGGACGCGACCUUUUGUACGUAUACGAAAUAUAUAAAUAUCGAGAUAUAGACAGCAGUAUUUAUUAUUAUUAUUAUUAUAUUUUUUUGCAGACAAAACGAAUUUGGAAACCAAAGCGUUUUUAACCAAGUUGUCGCCCCGGUACCUCGACUAUCUCCGUGCGACCGCCGGCCAAACCAACAUUCGCUAUUAUUUUGGCCCCAAUAUCCCCCACAAGCUGUUGCAUUCAGUGUCGGACGCAAUCGUCACAGCAGACCCACAAGUGUCGGGGCUACCUGAUGGUCACUAAAUGCUUUGAAAUAGUAUACUAUUUGGAGUUUUACAAGAUACUUUUAGUGGCA